AUGGUAACUCAAAGCAGAAUGGGCGAUCCAUCUGCAGUGAAAAGUAUUGCAUUUGAGUUGGGAUCUUUACUUAGUCUCGUGUUGCAAUCAGAAAGUGAUGAGCGUGCAGGUCUGACCCAGCAACUCUUAGUGAGUAACAGGAGUGGACUGUUCCGCUCAAAAGCAGUCAUGUUUUGCACUACCUUUGUCGUGAGCAGACAAGAUGUCCUUAAGUCCCAAUCAAUUGCUGCGUCAGUUUCAGGCAUCCCACAGUUUCAUGACCAUGCAAAAAGAAUAGCCAAGUUGUGCUAUUUCCAAACCUUCAUUCCACAAUCACCCCAGUAUGGAGGAAAGCAACUGUGGUUAUCAAGCAGAAACAUGUCCCACAGGGGAAAAGUGAAGGACCUCUUCUCCACCCGCCAUUUCUGUUCUGAUGGCUGCCUCUUGAGGCUUCUUUUCUUUAAAGAAAAAAAAUUAUAA